AUGGCCACUGUUUUAGCCAGGGACCAGAAGUACCUCGAUGUAUCCGAGUCUGAGAUCCAUGUUGACUCGGUGCCACCACUUGGAGCGCCUGUAACUGAGAAGACUCAUCUAUUCCAACGGGGCAAGGGUUUUGAUGCAGAUGCAAUCGCUACCCAAGCCAGUGUUUUUGAUGAUCCUAAAACUGCCGAGCAAUAUCAGCCUCGAUCAGACUGGGAAAACCUCAGUCGCUUUGAUCCCCUUGCACGAUGGACCUGGGGGGAAGAAAAGCAAUUGGUUCGCAAAGUCGACAUCAAAAUUAUGAUCUGGGCAUGUACCAUGUUCAUGGCCCUGGAGUUGGACAGAGCCAACAUUUCCCAAGCCUUGACGGACAACCUCCUAGGCGACUUGGGCUUGACUACCAAUGACUUUAACCUUGGAAACACGGUAUUCAAGCUCUCGUUCCUCUGCGCCGAGCUGCCAUCGCAGCUUGUCUCUAAAUGGAUGGGUCCUGAUCGUUGGAUCCCGACCCAAAUGUGCCUCUGGAGUAUUGUUGCGGCGGCGCAGUUCUGGCUAUCAGGCCGCGAAUCAUUUCUCGCCUGUCGUGCACUUCUUGGAAUUCUACAAGGUGGCUUUAUCCCUGAUGUGAUUCUGUACCUCUCAUACUUUUACAAGCACCACGAGCUUUCGAUUCGUCUAGGGUUCUUUUGGACCAUGAUGAGCGUCGCCGACAUCAUCUCGGCGCUUCUUGCGGCUGCCUUGUUGGAGAUGCGAGGUAUCAACGGUCACGCUGGUUGGCGAUGGCUGUUCCUCAUUGAGGGCCUCAUCACUCUGAUCUUCGGCCUCCUCGCCUAUGGUCUCAUGCCCCCGGGCCCAAUCCAAACUGCCAAUUGGUUCCGUGGAAAGACAGGCUGGUUCACUGAGAGAGAAGAAGUCAUCAUGGUCAACCGCAUCAUCCGCGAAGAUCCCACCAAGAGCACAAUGCACAACCGACAGCCCAUUACAUUUAAACUCUUGUUCCAGAGUCUUAGUGACUACGACCUUUGGCCAUUGUAUCUGCUUGGAUUGACCUUCCAGAUCCCUGCCACUCCGGAGGGGCAGUACUUGACUCUGUCGCUCAAGGGCCUCGGCUUCAACACGCUCCAGUCCAAUCUCUUAAGCAUUCCAUAUACUGUAUUUCAUAUCAUUACCAUGUUGAUCCUCACUUAUACAGCCGAGUAUGCGAAGAACCUGACUCUCAUGGGAAUAAUUGGUCAGAUUUGGAUCCUGCCUUGUCUUAUUUGGUUCAAUGUCGCCAAUACCCAGACAGCUAGCCGUUGGACUGUCUAUGCCGUCACCACUGUGCUACUAUCCUAUCCGAAUGCUGGCGGCAUUAUCGCUUCUAACAUCUACCGCAAGGAUGAUGCUCCUAAGUACCAUCGUGGUAAUCGACAGUUGCUUGCUAUUCUUAUCAUGAAUCUUGUCCUUUAUGUCCUGGUAAAGGUUUACUAUAUCCUCCGUAAUAAGUCACGCGAUAAGAAAUGGAAUGCUAUGACUGAGUCGGAGAGGUUGGAAUAUCUUGACACUACCAAAGAUGAAGGCAACAGAAGACUAGAUUUUAGAUUCGCUCAUUAA